AACGCACGAUCGCAACCAAUGUACGCCUAUCGAAAUAUAUAUCGAAAAUCUUUUGUACGGAUGGCUCUUUCUGGUGCCUUUAUGCCCCCUACAGGAUUCGUACAGCGCUUUUGAAACUAACUUUGGAAGAGAAGGAAUGUGGAGUAACCUUUAAUCGAAAGUAACGUGCCGGGAAAUAUUUCAAAUUUUCAACUCCGAAGAGCUUGAAACGUUAGAAAUGCCAGCUAACCGACACAGAUAAGCCCUGGAAGUCCUGUCGCUUGAAUAACUCCACAGGUUCAACAGACAGAUAUGGUUGCCCCAAAAAGCUGCAUCAAGCAUGGGUUCUACAUUUGUUCUCUGCUUUUGUUUGUCGUGUGUCAAGUUACCCUUGUGAAUCACUAGCAUCUUGUCAUCCAUGCAUGUGUUCUCAGAAGUACUACAAACAGCUCAACAGAAUGAUUACAGGGGCGUACUGCCAAAACAGGAGCUUGUCAGACUUUCCUGGUGACCUGCCUUUGAGUCUGAAAGGUAUAGAUGUCAGUUACAAUGCCAUACAUACUGACAGUCUAGGCAACAUUGUACAGUACAGUAACCUGCUUGUGUUGUCGCUGGCCCACUGCCAGCUGGACACAGUUCCAGAGGAUACCUUCAAAAAUCUGACAUCCCUGAGACUUUUGGACCUUACUGGAAAUGAACUGAUUAGCAUACAAGAAUCAGCUUUCAGGGGACUAACUUCUCUCAGAUAUUUGAAGGGACUUGCUACUGGCUACAUUGAUAGUGGCAGUUUCCAUGGACUGCCUCAGCUACGACAGCUGGAUUUAACACUCCAUCAAAAAGUAGCACCAGGAAAUCUUUUUCAAGGCCUACAACUCAAAGUGUUGAUUCUCAACUUGACUACGUCUACAACUGUGCCACGCGACAUUUUCAAUGUUGCCAAUUACAGUUUGCAAGAAAUUGCAUUUUUUGGUCCCAAACUAUCUACACUUCCACCAAAUUUAUUUUAUGGUUUAGUGCUGUUGAGAAAAGUUGAAAUAGUUGCACCAGAUCUUUAUGCCAUUCCUGACACCAGUUUUAAAGGCCCUGGUGAUUUGCGAUUUGGUUGGUGGGAUUUAGGGUUUGAUGAUUAUACAAAGGGAGGCCGUCUAGAUUCGGCACCGCUGAAUAUUGGCCACAUCACAUUGUCUGGAAUGAAGGUAGUUCCUCCUGGACUGUUCCAGAAUCAACAGAGCUUGGAGACACUGAAAUUGACAGAUAUAGACCAGAUUCCAAGUGUAGUGUUCUCUGAUUUGCAGACCUUAAAUUCCCUGGACAUGUCAGGAUGUAAUCUAAAGUGGGUACCCCACCUCAAGGCUCUGAGUGGACUAAAACACCUAAACAUGAGUGGUACAAACAUCCAGGCCAUCCAGCCAAAUACUUUGCUGGGUCUUCACUCACUGAGGUCACUGGACCUCUCACAUAACUGUAUAUAUUAUAUUCCCAAGGGUGUAUUCAAUGAUGUUGGAAUUACACUAGUGCACCUAAAUAUAAGCAACAAUAAUAUUGAAGGCUUAGACCCCCUUGCUUUUGAGAAUGUUCUUGCCCUCAGAUCUCUGGACCUAAGCAACAACAAUUUGACCAAUUUUCACAAAUCACAGUUUUCCAAACUACAAAAUCUGCAGACACUGGAUUUGUCUAAGAACCUCAUUGAAUCUUUACACGAGUUGCUAUUCAUGAAGCUGGAGGACCUUGUUCGAGUUGAUUUAUCCAAUAACAACCUGAAGGAAAUACCUGAAAGCCUUUUUAAUAACACACUAGCACUGAGGUUUUUUGACAUAUCAGGAAACAGACUAACUUUUCUCCCACCCGACAUUUUACAAGUAUUUGACCUAUUGUCACUUGAGGAUAAUCCAAUAUUUUGUGACUGCAAUGUCUACACAAUAAUGAUGCACAAUCAAAAAUCAAAAAUAACAGGCAAGUGUGAUUCUCCAGAUGAUCUAGCUGGCACCUCAUUGCAAAAACUGAAUUUGUCAGAUGUGUGUUUUAUGGAGACAACUACAAUGGAAACUACCACAGUUGCAACAAUACAGAAACUAACAACCACAAGGUUGACCGAGAAGCCAACCACUACAACUCCAGCACCCAGCACCACAACGAAGCCUCCACUGAUUGAAGUUGAUAUAGACAAAGGCAGUGGGUAUGUUGUGUACAACACUGCCAGGAACAAACCAGUUGAUAAAUAUUUUAUGAGGUCAGAGUGGUUUAUUGUUGGUGCAAGUGGGAUUUCACUUUUAGUGAGUACUGCCGUGAUCAUGGGGGUGUUUAAAUGUGCCAGGACUUGGACCAGAAGUAGAGUGUAUGUUGUGAACUCACGCCCUCUUUAAACCACCUUUACACGUAAACAUGUUGGUUGCUGGAUGACCAUUUCAGCUACAUUUAUAGUAUUGACUUUUAGCUGUACCAGAAUGUAUCAAAAAGUGUGAAUGAUCUUUUGUUACCAUAACUGCCAGCUUGUGUGAAAUGCUCAUAUUGACAAAGGAACAUUAUAAUCAUAGAGAUAAAUGUUAAAUGUCAUUUUUAUGCAUGCUUACACCAAUAUUAUUGGGGUUAAGUAAUCACAAAAUCUGAUAGAACCCAAAAAUAUGAUUUUUAACUGUUUAAGUGUUCUAACAUCAAGUCAUAAUCAUGGAUGUCAUGUUAACACAAUUUUUACUUUUGAUAAAAUAUAUAGAUGAACUAUCCCUCAUAUCCUACAGAUUUUGUAUGGUGUUUGUCAAUGCUCACUAGUGCUUUGACACCAAUAUUCAAAAAACUGUAUUAAAAAUAAGAUCAAAAAAUAAAACUUCAGUGAUUGUUUUGUUCUGAAGAUUCUUUCACAUCCUAGUAAAAAGCCUAAACUGAAAAUUUCUCACUUAUGUGAUUGUGGUCAACUUUAUGUGUGAAAACUGGAGUGCCAUGAAGUAAACACCCAACUUUAGUAAGUUACUGACAAACUUACCCUACAAGAACUGUCAACUGCUUAUUGUCACCAAUCCCCAAUGAAGAUCAUAACCAAAUGUCCACAACCCAUUCCUCAGCAUGCCAAUUGAUUUUCUUUGCAUGUAUUAAAUAAAAAGCAGAAGUUAAAUUUCAUGUACAUGGCUGAUAAAAAAAACCUACAGUCCAUUCAGUUUAUCGUUAACCUUGUCAAGGUAAAAACAAAAAUCUUUCAACAUCAAACAGCAGAUGAGAAAAAAAUGGAUCCAAGCUCAAGGCCAGGGGUGAAUUAAUUUAUUUGAUUUGUGCUGUACACUGUACAAGCAUUUUUCAGUAUACAUUACAAGAUUGCAGUCAUGUCAAUGAUUGGAGUAAACCAUUAAAUAAGACAAAACUCAACUGUGUGAUACGUAUAAAAUGUUUUCCUUGGAUGUCUGCAUUACCCUUUGAACAAAUACUGAGGUGACAAGGAAAGUACAACUUGGGAAUGUGUUUCUUAUUGCAGUGAGCAUCCUGAGAAUAUUAAGUUGUGUUGCCGCACAAACAAAAUACAUGAAAUACCACAAAAUGUUUGUUAUGGAACCCAGAACAUUGUAAUCUACACAAGAAAAUGAUACCAAUUUAUGUCCACAAGCAAUUUUUACAUGUGAUUUGCUAAAGCUCAAAAAAUGCUAGAGCAUAUUUCCUCUGCAAAUUCCAGGUUUGCACAAGCAAGAGACUCCAUACAGAAUUGGCCUGAUAAUUUCUUGGCAUAUU